CCCAGUAGUGAGUUGUAGCCAAGUAGACGUUAGCAGUGAAAAGUACGUGGCAGAAAGCUUUCGAUAUGGAGGUAGCUGCACUGGUCGCCUUGACGCUUUUAUUGGGAGCACUGGUUAUUCUCGUUGCGUUCGCGGUGGGCAGACGGAAAGAAGAAAUACGAGAGGAACUGGAGCAGGCAGCGGAAUUUGCCGCUGAAGGCAGUGUUGUGAAAGGCCCUUCAUCGAAGAAACCGAAGCUGGAGAAGCAGCAGCGCAGCCGUAAGGAGAAAGCUUCACAGCACACUUUCAGCCAUCCGCUGUUGGCAGCCUCACUGAAGAGCCACAGUGGGAACGUGACAUGCCUAGAUUUCAGCAGUAAUGGGAAGUACUUGGCUUCAUGCGCUGACGACCGCACGGUCCGGAUCUGGAGCACCAAAGACUUCCUGGAUCGUGAACACAAGUGUCUGAGGGCCAAUGUGGAGUUGGAUCACGCCACACUAGUCCGUUUCAGCCCGGAUUCUAGGGCGUUUAUCACCUGGUUGGCCAAUGGAGAUACCAUCCGAAUCUUCAAAAUGAUCAAAAAGGAGGACGGCACUUUAAGCUUCAAAGCUGCCCCUGAGGACUUCCCACAGAAACACAAGACCCCCAUCCUCAACAUUGGCAUUGCAGAGACCGGCAAGUUCAUCAUGAGCGCCUCCACUGACACAACCAUCCACAUCUGGGACCUGAAAGGAGAGGUACUGGCCUCUAUCAACACUAACCAGAUAUCCAAUUCUUAUGCUGCCAUCUCCCCAUGUGGCAGGUUUGUCGCAUCAUGUGGCUUCACUCCUGACGUGAAGGUGUGGGAGGUUUGCUUCGGAAAGGGAGGAGAGUUCAAAGAGGUGGUGCGAGCUUUUGACCUAAAGGGCCACUCUGCAGGAGUUCACGCAUUCGCCUUUUCCAAUGACUCUCACAGAAUGGUGACUGUCUCCAAAGACGGCACAUGGAAGCUGUGGAAUACAGAUGUGGAGUACAAAAAGCAGCAGGAUCCCUACCUCCUGAAGACCGUCCCCUGUACGUCGUCCGAAGGUAGCCUGGUGGCCUUGUCUCCAGACGGCCGGGUGGUGGCCAUCAGUGACGGCUCUAAUGUUGCGAUGUACAACGCGGCCAGCGGCCAGCUGGAGGAGGAGCUGCACGGCGUCCACAGCGGGGAGAUAACUGAUCUUAGAUUUGACAUUAACGGGCGCUUCUUGGUUUGCAGUGGCGACAAGGCCAUCCGAGUGUUUCACAACGCCCCGGGCUACCGAGCAGCCAUUAGAGACAUGCAGGACAUGCUGAAGAAGGCUCAGAAUGAGGCCAUGAAGCAGAGACUGCAGCAGCAGAUCAAAGAGGCUCAGAGCGCCCUGGACACUGUGCUGGCCAGUCCCGUUGACUGAAUGAGCCUCAAGAAACCGUGCUGUGAUCGUGUUUGUGUCUGACUCUUAUUGCUAAUCUUUUUUGCAACUUCAACUCUCCCUCUGCCAUUAAAUGAUCUGGUCAGGGAAAAAUAGAAUUUGCAUGCAGUUUUAAUAAAUAUCUUUUUAUGGAAAGAAAAA